CUUAAUUUUGCCACGCAGCUUGUCAGACAGAUCCCUGUAAUCACGAUUCCGCCUUUUCCAAACGUCCCGAGAGAAAAGAAAACACUCCGAUCCGACCGUCCACUCUCCUGACCUACUGCCCUCAUCCAACGUGCAGAUGUGCAGUAAACCUGUAUAUGAGUGUUUCUAAAGAAAAAAAAAUGCCUUAGAACGUAACAAUGUCUUUGAGACGGCAGUGAAGAAGCUUAAGGAAAGAGCCUUUUCUCUGCUUCUUUAAUGGCAGAUCUUGCGUUUUUUUGAUUUGAUUUCUGAUUUUACGGCGUCUUUUUGAGUUAUCUGAGUUCAGUCGUUCCGUUGAGUUGAAUAAGGCAGUGAUUGGAGAUGCUGGACGGAAUCUUAGGCCGUGGUUUUGCCUCAAAAUGUAAAUCAUUGAUAAAAGUGAUAAAGAACCGGAUCGAUUUGAUAAGGAGGAAGAAGAGCGCAACGCUUAAGUUUUUGAAGAAAGAUAUAGCUGAUCUGCUCGCUAAUGGCCUUGAUAUUAAUGCUUAUGGCAGGGUGGAAGGAUAUAUUGCUGAAUUGACUCUUUCUUCUUGCUAUGAUUUCGUUGAGAAAUGUUGCGAUUUCGUGUCGAAUCAUGUUUUGGUUAUGCAAAAACUGAGUGAUUGCCCUGAAGAUUGCAGGGAGGCUGUCUCAUCUCUAAUGUUUGCAGCUGCAAGGUUUUCUGAUUCGCCAGAGUUGCGUGAUCUUAGGCAAAUAUUUUAUGAAAGAUAUGGAAAUUCCCUGGAAUUAUUUGUCAAUAAGCAGCUUGUUGAGAAUUCAGCUUCAAAUCCUUCCUCAAUGGAGAGGAAAGUGAAGGUAAUGCAUGACAUAGCGUCAGAGUUUUCCAUAAAAUGGGACUCAGGAGCUUUCGAGCGAAGAAUGUCUAAAACUACUGUGAUUCCACAGGACCAACCUAAAAAUUAUGGGUCUUUCCAUGUCAAUGGUGAUAAUCAUAAAUCGAAUGGUGGAAGAAAUGCUGAUCCACUAGGAGAUAAGCUUAAAGUUUCAUCUAAAGAAAAACUUGAAGUGGGUAAGGGUGGGCAAAGAUUGGACAAAUGCAAGGAGGAUACUGUCUCAAAAAGGGAUGAGAUCAUCUUUCCACCUAAACAGGAAUUCUCUGUUGAGGGGUACAAACCACGUCAUGGAAGGGAGGAAGCUUUCACAUGGAAGGAGAAGCUCGAUGUUCCAUUACAGCAAAAACAAGAAGUUUCUGGUGGUAAGCUUGAAAUUUGGAAUGGGAAGGAUGAUGUUGCCUUGAAAACAGCAAGAUUAAGCAGUUCUUAUGGGAGAAGAAUGGAAAGAGGUGAUGAUGGAGCCAAGCUACAAGAUGGUAGGGAGAAUAGUGUACCUAGGAUAGAUAACCAAGGUGUUCUACCAGGGAGAAAGCCAGAUCUAAAUCCUGAUAGCUAUGCAGCUUCACGUUUAAAGAGUCAUGAUAAAGACCUGUUCACUGCUGAUAACUAUGCUGGCCAAUACAGUAUACAAAAUUCGGCAAGAAAAACUCACGAAGAAAAUGAACCUAAUAGGAAGCCCCACUUUAAUAGCGGUAUCCCUCCUCCUUAUGUUAAACCCCGUAUCAAACCAAAGGAUCACAAGCAUGGUGCCAAUAUUGGAUCUUCAGUUGCUGGUUUUGACAGCAAUGGAGUCUCUGGUGAUCCUUCAAUGCCUGAAGGGGCCUAUGCAGUUAAUAGGACUGAUAAGUACCGAGAAGGUUUAUAUCAUCCUGAUAAAGAGGGGCAGAUAAUUCCACCUAUGCAAGUGAAUAGUCAUGAUCAUGAAAAAGAUUAUUACUAUAAACAUGAUGGAAGUGAUACCCCUAUACAAAGACGAAGAUUAUCUAGGAGGCGACAUUUGAAAUCAGCAUCUGGUCAUAUUGAAGUUGAUAAUGUUGAAGAUACAGAAUUUGCAAGGAGAAAACCAAGAAGCAGGAGAAGGGAUGACUCAAGACGAGGUCUGCAAAUCUUUUUGGAUGACGAGCAGCAUAGAAAUGAUGAGGAGGAAAGGAUAAUUGAUAAACUGUUGAUUCAUUACAGUAAGAAGCCAUCAUCCUGUGAAGAGGGAAAGAUAAGAAGAAAGUCUAAAAGUCGUCAUGCACAUCAUAUGGGAAGUGAUGCAGGUGAAGCGCCACUGAAAGCAAGCAGGGAUAGUUCUGACAUGUGUGAGCCCAUUUCCCGUGCAGUCCGAUCAAUUUCUCUCCCUCAUGAGCAAACAACUCAAUCAGAGGGAACUAAAGUGUAUGCUCGUGCUACUUCCUUCCAGCAAGAUAGGUCAAAUGCAGCCAGGCAUGUGCAUCCGAAGUUACCAGAUUAUGAUGAUUUGGCCGCUCACUUUGCAGCAAUGAAAGGUAGAUAGAGCUUUAAGCAUACUGAAAUCAUUAUUUUUAACGGAAUCAGUUUGAUUGCACAAAUCUUAAAACUUCUUGCAUUUGCUUAGCUGAGUUAGUGCUGGUACUGUCUUUUGAGGAAAACAGUACGUAGCAUUGCUAUUGCGUAGUAGUUUGAACACUUUCUUAUCUGUUUUUAGCACUAGUGUUACUAUUUCUGUACCAAUGGCUACAACAAGCAUUUAGACACUUUCUGAUUCAUUAUUUUAGCUGACAUGAUUGUAAAAGAUGUGUAAUCCAUGCAUUCAAGUUUCAAUAUUAGUGGAUAGUGAGUUUGAGAUAUGAAAA